UUUCUUCAGUCAGCAUAUAGACGUGGUCGGUAGAGGAUCGUAAAAGCAAACAGUAAAAGAAAAACGGUUUUUUUCUUCUUCUUGAAUUCAAUAUUCUAGCCAAAUGUUGCGUUCAAUAUUGCGGUCGAUUCAAAAUUAUUAUUAUUAUUAAAGUGUGUACCAUGAAAAUGUUCGUAUUUUAAGCGCCUUAUUUAGUGAUAUUUUCUGUAUUACAUGAUUCCAGCCAAUUCCUACACAUAAACAAAAAUGAUGUAGAUUAGGGAAACGAAAGACCAUUGCUGUGUUAUCAAAAGCCACUCUCUAUAUGUAUAACUUCUACGCGGAUCAAUACACGCGACAUAUUUUUUUUAUAAAUUGCAUUCUGUGUCGAAUUUAACGAUUGUACGAAUUUAAAUGAAUGUUUUUCACUAAAAAAAAAUAUUUUUUUCCUUGCCAUCCAAUUGCAUUUUGGAACAAUUCCAAACUCGAAAUAUAUUUGUUUAAAGUGCGUGCGUGCUGAUUAUUAUUAAACCGAAACGCAAUCAUCAAUCAAUAUGAUUCAAUCAGUGAAUUUGUGGUAUGCUGUAAGUCUGUUAUUACUGGUGCAGUUUAGUACUAAAUGCAGUGCAUUCAAUGUGGAUACGGUGAAUUACAUACGACAUGAGGGACAACCGAAUUCGAUGUUUGGAUUUAGUGUGGCGUUGCAUCGGGAACACCAGCGGAGUUGGGUAAUUGUAGGUGCUCCACAAGCCGACAACUCGGUAUUUCAACCGAAUGUUAUUCGAGGCGGUGCGGUAUACAGAUGUGACAUAGCUGACGACAAUCGUUGUUCCAUCAUUCCGUUCGAUCAAAAUAGUAAUCAGUACAACGAUAAGGGCGAACAGAUUGAUACGAAAUCAGGUCAAUGGUUUGGUGCGACUGUAUCCAGUGCUGGCAUCGGCGGACCUAUAGUGGCUUGUGCUCCACGAUACGUUUUCCACACGAUGAACCCAAGAAAAGUCGAAAGAGUGGAACCAGUUGGAACAUGCUUUUUGGUGAAGAACAAUUUCCAAGAUGUUACUCAAUAUUCUCCGUGUAGAACAAGUUUCUGGGGAUAUCACAGACAAGGUUCUUGCCAAGCCGGCAUGAGUGCAGCACUCACUAAGAAUGGAGAUCGACUGUUUGUUGGUGCUCCUGGCAGCUGGUACUGGCAAGGACAAGGGUACUCAAUAAAUACGGAAGCUGUUUAUCCAUACAAGCCCCCACGAUAUGCGCAAUUUGGCGAAGGACAAGCAUAUUCGCGCUCACUUAACAGCUCCUAUUCGAAGGUGUGGUCAACAGGCGAAAGUACAGCCACCGAAGAUGAUUCAUAUCUCGGCUAUUCAGCCGCUACGGGUGAUUUUAAUGGUGACGGAACAGAGGGUGUUGCAAUUGGAAUGCCGCGUGGAGGCGAAUUGUUGGGCAAAGUACUUCUAUACUCUUGGAACAUGACCAAUCAGCAGAAUAUUACGGGUGAACAAAUUGGCGCAUACUUCGGUUAUUCGAUAUGUGUUGUCGAUGUUGAUGGUGAUAAUUAUGAAGAUUUGAUCGUUGGUGCUCCCAUGUAUACGGAACCAAAUAACGAAGGAAAAUACGAAAUGGGACGGGUGUACAUCAUCUUCCAGAAUAAAUACAAUAAAUUCCAAGAAGUCGUGACCAGAGAUGGCGUCAACUCGAGAGCAAGAUUUGGCUUGGCUUUGACUUCGUUGAACGACAUUAAUCAGGAUGGAUAUGGUGAUUUUGCUGUUGGUGCACCAUAUGACGGUCCCAAUGGUCGUGGAGCCGUUUACAUUUAUCACGGAUCAGCCAGUGGACCUUUGGCUAAAUAUUCGCAAGUCAUUUUUGCUGAAGACGUAUCAGACACAUAUUUAACCACUUUCGGAUUCUCUGUGUCGGGUGGUAUCGAUUUGGAUGGCAAUAGAUAUCCAGAUAUGGUCGUUGGUGCAUACGAUUCCAAUAAAGUGGUCAUUUUCAAGUCUCGCCCAGUAGCGGUUAUGGAAGCAACAACAGCAUUUGAAACGGAGACGAAAUUAAUUUCGCUCGACGAUAAGGGUUGCCGGAUAAGAAGUGGAAGCAACGUCACUUGCACGGGAAUAAAUUCUUGUCUUAAAUACAGCGGAGUGAAUCUACCUCAAUUUAUCGAUAUCGACGUUAGUUGGGUGCUCGACUCGAAAGUGAAUCGUAAUCCUCGAAUGUACUUCUUGGACAUUGAAAACAAAAACAUUCGUAACACAUCGAUGAGACUGCAUUUUGGCAAGGCGGAAUGUAUCAAAUACCGAGCGUAUAUCGUCGACAACAUUCGCGACAAAUUGACUCCGCUUGAAGUGGAAAUGAACUACAGUUUAAGGAAUACGCGUGCCAAUUUGCCGUCAUUGACACGAAAGCCACGAUCCAUUCUAGAACCGGUUAUCGAUCAAAAUAAGGGAACCGUUCAAAAAGACUCGAUAAACAUUCAAAAGAAUUGCGGUCCGGAUAACAUUUGUAUUCCAGAUCUACGAUUGAAUGUCAAGACUGUCGACAAAUUCCUAUUGGGCUCCAAAGAACUUUUGACGUUCGACAUUAUAAUACCCAAUUACGGCGAAGAUGCAUUUGAGGCCGGCUUCUUUAUGGUAUUCCCGAAAGGAUUGAAUUUCAGAAAAGUAGACUAUCCUCGCGAUUCACCCAUAUCCUGUACAGCACCAACACCAGCUACAAAUAUGACUCUCAAAUGUGAUCUGGGAAAUCCAUUGUCAGCUGGAAAGAGCGCCAAAUUCAAAGUUCUCACCAUUCCAUCUCAAAAGCAUGGCAUGGCUCCCAGCUACGACUUUUACAUGGAAGUUAAUUCAACGAACCCGGAGGUUGGAUCAUCAUUCGAUAACAUCAUGCGUAAGAGUGUGACCAUCGACGUCGAAACCAAUUUGACCAUCAGUGGAAAAGCUGUCGACGCUGAAAUCUAUUAUAACAUUUCCGAGUUCAGGAACAUCACCAACGCUACGAAAGAGGCGGAAAUCGGUCCGCAUUUACGAAACAUUUACGAAAUUAGCAACGGUGGACCCUCUACUGUCGAUCAAGCCGAAAUAUUUAUUUUGAUUCCUCAUUUAACCAUCACCGGAGACCAUUUAAUGUAUAUCCUGGAAAAGCCGGAAACCGUGGGAAACGUUCAGUGUGAUCCCACCAACUAUGUCAAUGUCCUGGGCUUGAAACUGGACGAGGUUUUGUCGAAGAAAAGCUUUUUGCAGAGCAUGCAAGGUAUAUCCGGAAGUAGGACGAUUAGUGGUACGGGUCUAUCAAUUGAAAAAGGAUCGGCAUCGGGAAGCAGUUCGUCUAGCGAUGGACGAUCGCACACUAACACAGUUUUGACAGAAGAACAAAGGCGAAAGUUUGACGCCGAGGAAGAAUUAGAGUCGACAGGUGAUGCGUCAAAUGUUCAUCGGAGUAGAGCAAAAGAGGCAGCACAUUCUUCGGCAUACGCAUCCCAAAUUGGCUCGAGACAAGGAAACGGGCCGACUGUUACAUACACUGCAAGUCGAAAUCGAAGUGGCGUGCAGGGAGAAGAUGGCAAAAUGGUAUAUACCGAGUCCAGUACUGAAUAUUACGGAGCCGGCGAUACGAGGAGUCAAUCGUACUUCCAACAACAAAACCAAAGAGCAAAUGCGAACUCAGAAGCAUCAGGAAAAUACCAGAGUAGUCAAGCUGGUUACACCGCUCAAGCUAAUCGUGGUGGCUACGCUAAUCAACAAAGCCAGUCCAAUCAGGCGUAUCGCGGUAGAACUGGUGCUGGUUUAAGGAAAAUAGACGACAUCCCAACCGAAGAAAAUGUAAACCAGGACAUAUCUGGUCUUCAGUCAAGAACUCAGACCGAAGGAGCUGUGUCAACAACCGGACGUAGACGAAUGAACAGUAAACAGGAUGGCGAACCACCGAGAACGGAUUUCAUCAGCGGUAUGGACAAAGUGGCUCAAGGUGGACAUGGUUUUCGCGCGGGAACAUUGGAUUUAGGAACAUUGGGACGCGACAAUGUGGAUGAUGAACUAAGACACAGAGGCAGUGCUAGUCAUGUGGCCACGGAUGGUUCUUACCAGUCGUCACGAGGAGGUUACCAAUCUGGUGGCUCAUCUUCUGGGCAUCAAGGAACUGGUACAGGGCACUAUUCCUCGAGUAACAGUUACUCGACACAAGGCGGAAGAGCAGGUGAACACCAUUACCGUCAGCAUUCCAUCAGUUCAGGUGCGUCACAUGGUGGCAACACUGCAGGCAGUCAUGGCUACACACAAAGUGCAUAUGGACAUGAUGGAGGCGCAAACACACAACAGGAAUAUGAAGAGGAAUAUACCGACGACGCCGGCGAUGACUACUACGAAAAUACAGAUGAUGUUGAUCCGACACAGCGAACGACACAAUCCCAUGACAGUCGAUUCAAAUUGUACGAUCGAAUGAAACGGCAAUCGGUCGAUUUUAAUGAUUUAGCUUUGGAGGAGGCCUUACAUUGCAACAGCACGCAAUGCGUUAUCAUUCGAUGCGUAGCUGGCCCGUUGGAAAAAGACAGUUCUGCAUGGAUUUCCAUUCGAACAAGACUGGUGGCAGCAACAUUGAAUAAGAUCACCACAACGGCACCGAUGAAUUUGUCGACAAUGGUCGUAGCACGAGUGUCUCAGUUACCUUAUAUCGGCGAACCACAAGAGAAACCAAUUAAACGACACGAAGUGGUGUUAACAGCUACCCCAAUUGCGGAACCUAAACCAGACGUUGUACCAUUGUGGGUUUGGGUGCUAUCGGCAUGCAUCGGAGUUCUAAUUUUGCUGCUGUUGAUUUAUCUACUGUACAAGUGUGGAUUCUUUAAACGAAAUCGCCCGACCGAUUCGCAAGAACGUCAACCGUUGAACAGAAAUGGUGCAUACCACGGCGAUGAGCAUUUGUAAUAUUGAAGAUACGCAGUACCUAACUACGAUUAACCAACAGAUGGAUGCUUUAUUGAUCUUAACUUAAACUGAUGUUACACCACGUAGGGUCUUUCAACAAAUUGGAAAAGAAUUUAAACAAAACAAGAAACGAUCAGUGUAGAAGUAUUCGGGAAAGGGAGAAGAAAUCGAUUACCAUGAAGAACGGAAGAAGAAGAAAACAAAUCGGAAGAGAUAGUGUUAACCUGAUGUUGGCUGACCUGAUGUUGGUCCUGGUUUCAAGAAAAAUUAUGUGGCGACCAUGACCCAUUUUCGAGAAAAUAUUUUCUUGUAAUUUCGUGAAUUAUCUUCAUUUACUCGAAUAAUCUUGAAAUUUUUCUCGAAUUGACAUUUCAAGAAAAUUCGAGAAAAUCAAGGUGUCGCCGACAUGGUUCAUACUUUCCCGAAUUUUCAAAAAUUUUCCCCGUUUUCGUGACCCGCGAAAAUUUGUGAAAAUUGUGAUUAGGCUUUGUGGCAAGGGAAAGGUCGGAAAGGCAAUUUAAAGAAGAAAUAAAACGAAACAUGCCUUUUCAGUCAGAAAAAGAUCAUUUACGUGAUUUGCGCACAGAAAAUAAAAUGUUCGUUCCGCAAGCAUAUGAAAUUCACUACGUAACACCAGCGAAUUUUAAGUCUAACAGUGUGUGAUUGCAUCCUUCACGCUACAAUGCUCACACGAUUCCCCAAAAAAAAAAAACUUUCUCCCUUGUGAGAUUUUCUAGAUUUUGUCGUUUUUCUCUAGGAACAGAAUGUGACGAGAUCCUCACUUCGUUUCCAUCAUCAAUAGUCGUUCUAUCACGGCAUAGGGUCUACCAUUUUUUUUUCGAUAGGAGCUUCAAAACGACAAAAAUUGAAACCGAUGUCCAUUGGCGGUUUUUCCCUUGAAAGGUUGUUUUUUUCUGGUCAAGCCUCUCAGGUGAUCUAUUUCAUCUUUUUCUACACGAAUGCUUUUACACUGAUGAAUCUGGUGGGAUGGGUGGGGUAAGUAGAUCUAUCGUAAAAUUCUUAUUUCGAGUACUAGUCAAGACAGAAGAAAAAAAUUGAAUUUAGAUGUUAAAUUAAACUAAAAGAUUAAAUUCGGGAUUUAAAAAUGAAAACUUACAAUAAAACGAAAAGAAAAUCGAGGAAAAUUUUGUAUUAAUCCAAAAAUUAAACUGAUAUUUUAACUAAAUGUGAAGCGUAAUAAUAGAACGAGAGAGAAAUGAGUAAUAAACAUAAUGAGACAGAUCUAAAAAAAAGUUUAAUUAAUUAAUCUAAGUGAUUUUUCUAAUUUAAUUAAUAAAGAAAAUUUAACAAAUUCGAGUAGUAAAUCGCCAUAAUAUAAAAUGCAUAACACUAAAGACGCUAAAAUAAUACAAAAAUGCAAAUCGGAGCGGAGCUGUAAAUGUGUCAAGUGAAGAGUACUUAACAGCAAACUACAUAAUAACUGAAGGUAUAAUGCAAAGAUUUUUAGACGAUCGCAUAAUUUAUAGGACCUUAUAUACGGAUGAACAGUAGCGAUUUAGUUAUUCAGUAGAGCUGAUGAGUUGAGGUGACUAUUAUAUAACGUAAUUCCCUGGGAACACUGGGGAAAUUUUAUUAACUUCUAAAAUGGUACACUCAAAUUCACCCGAAAGAAAGAAUGCUGAAAAUUAUGGAAAAUGUGAAAAACUUCAGAAAAUUUGGGAAAAUAUUUUUCCAAAAAUAGUCCCUAGAAAAUUCCCAACCAGACAAAAUUAAACACUGAAAUGACUAUUCGAAUGUCAACGAAUCUCUUUUUUCUCUACAAGCUCAUACACUCGAAGGUCAUUUUCGAUAAAAUUUCGUUAACGGGCAGACAUUUUCAUCAUAUGAAUUUAAAGUUCGCCUUUCAAAACUACACCAGGAACUAUUGCUUUCAAAACGUAUUAUGUAAGACAAUGUUCGCGAGUAGUAACAUUUCAUGUUUAGUCAUGGCUCUUGAGAAUAAUAAAUCCUCAGUCGAAUGUAUAAGCCAUUUAUUGUGCCAUUACGAAGAAAAUCAAUCAAAAUGCAGUCAGGGAAUUCUGAAAACCAAAAAUUCGGAUAUUUUUCAAAAUUUAUCAGAAUUUUCAGUUUUUUUUAGAAUUUAAAUUCCAAAAAACCUGAAGACAGCAUUCAUCACUCCGCUCCAAAAAUAUUGCAUUUGGAUUUUUUUUAAACAUUUUUAUUGAAACAACAAUCGAAUAGACACAAAAUCUCUGUUUAGCUGUAAGUAAACACAAUUUUUAGAAAGAAAAUCGAUCGAAAUGUGUUCAUGUCUUAAGAAAUAAUUCUUUUUGUUGACCACAAAAUUUAGAGGAACCGAUCACACAGUGCCUACGAAACUCACUUGAUAUUAAAUGCUUAAAAAUGUAAAAUAAAGGAAGUUAAUUAGAAUUUUUUUUUAAAUUAAUUCAAACGAGUGAGUUAUGUACUUAUAAUUAUACAUCGAUGUUAAAUUAAUUAAUAUUUUAAUGUUAUACAUGAAACUGUCCCUUUCGUUUCGUUGCGUUUUUUGCGAUUAAAAAUGAGUUUAACAAAACUUUUAAAUUUACGAACUAAGUUGCAACUUAAAACGACUAACUGAUUCAUUAAAACAUAGAAAGAUCAAUAAAAAAGGAAAAUUUUUAGUUGUAAAAAUUAUAUUGCAAACAAUUAAAAAAAAACUGUAAAAAUGUAUGGUGUGUGCGUGCGCAGCAGUAAAUGAAUGUAUCAUUAAUUCUGUGAAAAUUUUUAAUAUUUUUUCUGUGUACAAUUGUAAAUUAUUUUUUUAUUUUUUUGUUUAUUUUUUUCAUGUUUUGAGUGUAAAUAAAUUCUGAUUGAAUAAUA